CUGAAAACCUGAGUUCAGAUAGAAGCCGCUCAAGGACCCGUGGGUGGUCCCCGGACCCCACUUUGGGAAACCCUGCUCCUGCCACAGGAGUCUCCAGUUUACGCAGCGUAAAAACCUGCUGGAAGGAGAAUCUCUCCUGUCGGUGAGUCUCUGCACCAGCCGAGGUGAGCUGAGGUGAGGUCGACGUCUCCUCGGACCACACGGUCGGUGCGUAAAGGUGUGCGUAAACCCAGCGGACCGCAGGCGCGUCGGAUGAGAGAGCAGUGUCCGCCUGAUUGAAAUGUGCCGUCGUUGAUGUCACCGCGUCAUUCCAGGAGCCGACUUGGCCCCGCCGGUGCAGCUCGGAUCAUACGUUUCUGUGAUGGAGUGGCGCGAGCAGUCCGCGGUCGGCUGCGACGAAGCCUACUUGGAGGCGCAGAGAUGGAUUGAGGCAGUAACCAAGAAAAACUUCGGGAGCAGCGACUUCCGAUCAGCACUGGAGAAUGGCGUUCUGCUGUGCGAUCUAAUCAACAAGAUCAGGCCUGGCAUCAUCAAGAGGGUUAACAGGCUGCCCACACCUAUUGCUGGACUGGACAACCUCAACGUCUUCCUCAGGGCCUGCGGGAAGCUCGGACUAAAAGACGCGCAGCUCUUUCACCCCGGGGAUCUUCAGGACUUGUCCACAAGAGUUACAGUCAAGCACCAGGAGACCGACAGGAGGCUGAAAAAUGUGCUGAUCACCGUUUUCUGGCUUGGCAGGAGAGCUCAGGGCGACACCUUCUACGAUGGACCCUACCUGAACUUCAAGGCGUUCGAGGGAUUACUAGGCACAGCACUGUACAAGGCUCUGCAGGACACGUCCGGUCACACAGGCAGCAACGUCAGGGACAGCGGUUUCGGGGAUAGCUGGUACUCGGAGCGAGAGGAGAUCUACCAACUGAGAGGAGGAGGAGGAGGAGGAGGAGGAGGAGGACGCGGCAACAGCAACAGCAACAGCAACAGCAACAGCAACAGCAGCAGCGGCGGCGGCGGCGGACACAGAAGAGACGACUCCCUGGACAGUUUGGACUCUUUGGGCUCCCGACCUCAGAGCAUCUCCUCCGAGGCUACACUUAAAGGAAGCAGCGAGGGUUGUUGCAGCGACACCGAGGCCGACUCUGUCUUCAGGAUGGCCGAGAACAAGGACGGCCUCAGUUACCGCCGGUCGGUCGUCAUCACACCCAAGGCCAGCACGCCGUUCAACCAGUUUCUGCCCACCAAGGACAAGCCGUCGGCUUACGUGCCUGCGCCGCUGAGGAAGAAACGGGCCGAACGCAACGAGGACAACCGGCGCAGCUGGGCCAACCCCAUAUACACAGAGGAGGACGGCACACUCACCAGAGAGCACCCAAUGCAAGAGAGUAUCGACGGGAGUAAAUCAACGAGUGACAUCCAGGCCGAACCUGCCGCCAUGAGGCAGGUUCGCUACGAAGAGCUGCAGAAGGUCCGUGAGCAGAUAAAGGAGAGUGAUGAUCAGUGGCAGAAUGACCUGAGCAAAUGGAAGAACCGGCGCAGGAGUGUCAACUCUGACAUCGUGAAGAAGAAAGAGGAGCGCGAGAAGAUAGAGCAGAUCACCGCCAGCACCGACAGGAGGUCCAAGACCUUCAAGGAAAUGCAAGAGCAGAGAGAAAGUAAAGGAAAGAAAAGCAUCGGCAAUCGUUUUGGAUCUCUCUCUCUCUUGGAUGACGAGGAGGACGUAUUUGAGCAACCCGUCAUUGCCCCUCGUACCCGGGCCCUUCCUGCCAGGAGCUACACUAUUGACACUCCUUACCAUUCCUCUGAGCCCUCCCUGAGAGAGGUCGAACCCCCCGCUGCUUCCCCAGCGACCGUCAGGGCCGCUUCCCCUCCCACCUCACGGGAAGUUAAAAGUGUGGACCGUCCUGCGGGCAGCGACACCACGACCACCGUCACUCCCAUUCCCCAGAGCCGCAGCUCUACCCACCGCUCCCGGUCUCCUGCGGGUGCACCACUGCAAAGGAGUCCGGUCUCGGAGCGCACCAGAGCGGCCAAGACAGAGGAGACUACGACCACCGUCUCCUCUUCCAGCUCCCGACAACAGGUGCCGGUGCCAGAGCCGAGGCGCCCAUUGUCGGGCACGCAGACCGCGGUGGACGCCCCCUCCUCCGGUUUUCUGUACAAGCAACAACCGCAGCGCCGCUCGAUGGAACCCAAACCUCCCGCGGUGUCUCAGGUUUCCGCCUCCCUCCCCAGGAGCUACCAGAGAUCGGAUAGCGCCCGUAUAACCUCAGUUGUCACGCCAAGGCCCUUCGGGACCCAGUCCUCCCGCAUCACCUCCCUCCCGCGAGUCUUCGCAAUGGACGACUCUCACAAGCGUGUCAACGGCAACGUGGACGCAUCCAAAAAGUCGUCGGUGCCGACCCGCUAUCAGCAGUUCAUGACCCCCGAGGAAGAGGAUGAGUCCAGCUCGGCCCACAGCAGUGAAGAUGAGGAGGAAGAGGAGGAGGAGGAGUGGAAGAAGACAGCGCCGAAGAGCGUCAGCUUGGCUCAGAGCUCCUUGCCUGUCCCUGCUCCGGUCAAGAGCGAAGGUCCCGUCAGCCCUGCUCCGACCAAAGAAAGCAGCCAGGAGAACUACUGCGAGAUGCGGAUCAGCCUGAACCAGAAGCCCAACAGCAGCAGAGACUUCGGCUUCCAGGCUGCCUGGGACUCAACUGGCGCUCGCGUCACGUCCAUCCAGCCAGGCAGCUCGGCUGCGAUGUGCCAGCUCCAGGCCGGAGACGAGGUGCUGACGGUGAACAGGCACCAGGUGGCAAAAAUGAGCUACACGGACUGGAAGUCCUGCAUGGAGGAGGCCCUGCAGGAGGGCAGCCUGGUCAUGGACAUUCGCCGUCAUGGCAAGAACAUGCCGUUGCAUCGUCUGCAUGCAGACUGGGACAGAGAUCCACCUUCCCUGCCAUUUAAAAGCCAUAAGACCAUCAAUCUGACCAGUACGGAUCAUCCGAUACUUCUAGGUUCCACGGACGCACUCACCGCAAACUCCAGCCUGGACUUCACGUCGCGCGCUUCCGCGGAAACGCUGCUGCCCAAGGAGGUCGCCGCCAACCCAGUCGUCGAUUUGGCUUCAAACAGAGUUAAUGGAAGUUUCCAUGAGAAGUCAGUGACCAUGAGGAACAAAGAGUCAGAACCCAUGUCUUUGAAAAACUUAAAACGGAGGUCAGAGUUUUUUGAAAAAGGCGGCUCAGGGUCCCGUGUCAGUGCGCUGGUCUACCUCUGUGGAGGAUCCGAGGCUGCGAUGCCAGAUAUACCUGUUCCUCCAAUCACGCCCUCCAGCCGCUGGUCUUGGGAUCCGGAAGAGGAGCGCAGGAGACAGGAAAAAUGGCAGAAGGAACAGGAGCGCCUCCUCCAGGAGAAAUAUAAGCGGGGCCAGGAGAAAUUGCAGGAGGAGUGGCAGAAGGCCCAGGAGGAGAUCGCCAACAGCGUGGACCAACGAGAUGGAGCGAAGCCCUGGAGCCUGGACGGGAACAGCCACAGCCUCAUGCCACACUCGCCAGUCUUUCCAGUCAACCAGCCGACUUCUUCUCUGUGGGAAGAGGAAGAGAGAAAGAGGAAGGAGGAGCAGGAGAUCGAGCGCCGAAGGCAGGCGGUGGAGGAGCAGGAGCGCCAGAGGCAGGUAGCAGAGGAGCAGGAGCGCCAGAGGCAGGUGGCGGAGGAGCAGGAGCGCCAGAGGCAGGCGGCGGAGGAGCAGGAGCGCCAGAGGCAGGUAGCAGAGGAGCAGGAGCGCCAGAGGCAGGCGGCGGAGGAGCGGAGGAGGCGGGAGGAGGAGGAGCGAGAGCUGCAGCGUCUGCAGGAGGAGAGAAAGAGGAGAGAGAUGCAAGAGGCGGAAGUGAGGAGGAUGAGGGAGGAGGAGGAGCUGAGGUGGCAGAGGAGGAAGGAGGAGGAGAGGGCGGUGGAGGAGGAGAGGAGGCGGCAGCAGGCAGCGGCGGAGCAGCAGCGCCAAGAGCGGGAGAGAGCCUUCCGGCUGCAGCAUCAGCAGCAGCAGCAGCAGUGGGCUGCUGGCUCCCACGACUUUACCAAUGUGCAGCCGCCACUGUCCUUGGCAGACAGGGCAAAAUCUAAAUCAUCUCCCCAGCUUGAUGAAGACGAAAAACCUCAGAGGAGAGGAGUGCAUGUGCAGCCGGGGGGCAUGGCUCACUGGCUGCUGGAGGAGCAGUUGAGGAGUGUGCGUGACAGGCAGGCCCAGAGUCAGAGGGCCGCGUCAGAGCUGGAGAUGGAGAGGAGGAACAUCCUCAAUGCCAUGAGAUACAGAGAGCCAGAGAGAGUGUCGGGCAGUGGAGCGGACGAGAGGAAGGGUCAGCAGUCCCCGUCGCUGGCCGAGCUGGAGCGGCAGCAGAUCCUGAACGAGAUGAAGAAGAAAACGCCGCUGCUGACGGACAGCAGCUGGAUUCGCCAGCGCGACGCCAACAUGGCCGCCAACAAGGACAGCGACGUGCCACCCAUGCGCAGAGGCGAGUCUCUUGACCACCUGGAUGCCUCCUACAACUCCUGGCGCUCCUCGUGGACUCCCAGAAGCAACACUUACAGCCAAAACUACACCCGGCCUCACUCUGCCCUCUCCGGCAGCGCUGCCCAUUACGGUGGCGGACCUGCGGCCCAGCGGCCCGCUUCCUCCACCCUGCCCUCCUCCUACUCCAUGGGCUCCCUCCGAGGCGGGGCAGGAACCCCCUCGUCGCCCUGGUCCCGGCAGACGCCUUCCCCCUCACCCUCGUCCCCGUCACCCGCCGACUCCCCAGAGCCCACGAGUGAGCCGGACGCCCUCAAGCAGCGGAGCAGGUCAGUGAGUGGCAAGAAAAUCUGUACGUUCUGUGACACCCCGCUGGGAAAGGGAGCGGCCAUGAUCAUCGAGUCCCUUGGGCUCUGUUAUCAUUUGGGCUGUUUUAAGUGCAUCGACUGCAAGUCUGACCUCGGAGGAUCGGAAAUCGGCGCCGAAGUCAGAAUACGAAACAAACAGCUCUACUGUAACUCCUGCUACAUGCGAUUCAAAAUUGGCCAGCCAACCGCCAUGUGACGUCACUGUGCUCCAGCAGAUUGACGAAGAGACUACUUGUGACAACAACCCGUGAACAUUGAAGCCAUUGGCUCGGACAUACUUCCAAAUUUCGACUCUAGAAAAAAAAAAACAAUUUGACUGGUUGAAAAGAAUCAUGUUUGUGUUUUUACAGUGUGUGUGAUUGGGAGGGUAAGCUUGCAAAGAAGUUAUCUACUUUAAAAUAAAAAAUGUGUAUAUCUUAUUAAGUAUUACGGCUGUACAAAGUGUAAGGGUUCUGCAUGCACCGGAUAUUUUCAAUGUUGUAGCCAUGAAACUAGUUGCGCUUUAAACAGACUUUUAAAUCAGAUUUCCUACGACUUUAACUGAGACACGAUGUCGAGAUUUGGAGAGGAAACACCUGCAGGGUCGUCUCCUCGUUUUCAUGCUUUUUUCUCUUUCUGCUGAAGCUCGUGGUUAUAAUAACACGUUUGUCGACCGAGGUAUUCUUGUCAUGUGUACGUGCCUUUAUCAUUUGUACCAGGGAGAAGUUAUUAAGAUUAUUAGAAUCCUUUCAAAAAUAUAUUUAAAAAGGAAAACAAAAAAAACUGCUUGGAUAAGCGCUUGUGUGGAGUUAUCACUGAUAGAUGGAGGAUUGUACGCAGCAGCAGGUUUCCACGUGAAGAAUAUAUAUCCCAUUGAAUGGCAUCGAGGCAAAGCGUAACAUUUGUAAAUAAAAUGACUAAAUGCUCA